CGGUUGCUGUGAAUGGUAAAAUUAGUUGCAGUUUUGUUGUUGUUGUUUGAAACUUUCAAAUAAACCAUAAAACGUGAAUUUAGAUUAAAAAUCAGGUGCGCUCUAGCACUGGCGACAGGAAGAAGAUGAAGAAUCUGCUGGUGCCGCUGAACGGCACCAGUGACGAGCCAGUUCCUAGCAACAACAACUGCAACUUUCACAAAGAUGCACUGCUUGGAUUUGCACUCGAUGAGCAGCUGGACAGUGCGGUGAUGCAGCUGCAGGCGGCAGCAGCGGAGCAGCAGCAGCAACAUAGUAAUAAUAACAACAACAACAACAGCAGCAACAGCGGGGAUUAUCAUCAAUCAUUGCUGCAGUGCGUCGAUUUGAUGCCGACAGCGGUGGCACCGACAGAUCUGCCAGAAUGUUAUCAGUUUGACGCAGACGCCGCUGCCGCUGCCUCUGCCUCGGAGCUGGUUAAUGUUGCAAACAAGGACUGUGAUUCGUUGGCCAAACUGGCCUAUAAUCUGUAUCGCCUGGCCAAGGAGGAUCAUAUUGUCAUUGAUCGGAAACGGAAUGAGGUGGUGCGCACCAAUGCAGUGACCAACCAGAAGACAAUCUAUCGCUGCAUGGACCCUGUUGGCAUGGGCAUGUGCUCCACUGAUCGCAGUUCUUCAGCGCAGACGUGUUUCAAAGUAACCCGCUCAAAAAAACGCACGGCACCUGCACCCGCAACAACAACAACAGCAACAGCAACAAGAACAACAACAACCAAAACAGAGUCAAAGGCUGAAACUAUUGCAGCGCCAAAUGGAGCUAUCAAGAAGCAAAUGAAUGAGCCCAUCCCAGCAGCAGAUGCUGAUUCGAUGCAUCGCACGCGAUCCGGCCGAAUUGUACGCGCUGCGCUGCCACAAGCGGCGGCGCCUAUGUCCUUAGCAAAAGCAUCAGCUCCAAAUUCCACGCAGAUGAUGGAUAUGCUUGUGGCAGAGCUGAGAGACAAGGAUUAUCGGGCUCCAGUAGCAGCUGCAACGCCUUCGGCGCCGCCUGCAGUGGCGAUGCGGGAGCCAAGAGCUGUGCCUCAAAACGCCAUUUGUCCAGGCUGCAACAAGAUCUUUUUGGGUCGUCGUUUGCAGCGCCAUUAUGUGAAGUUUCCCGAGCAUAUGCCCAGUGCCAUUGCCGUUUGCCAAGAGCAACAGCAGCAACAACAGCUGCAACAGGAGCAACCGCAACCACAGCAACAGCAACAUCAACAGCAGCAGCAGAGCAAUGUGCCGACUUUGUUUGGAUUGCUUACAGCUCAACUGCAGCGCCAUGGUCAUCUCAACGAGGAGCAGCGUGCCGAUUUAUUUUUGCACGAGUUAAAUGAUUUUGUGGAGCAGCUACAACUGCGGAGCACUCGCCUCAUACGUAAUACAUCUGGACUGCAUUUUGUUAACGCUCGUAUUGCACGUGUCCUGGGCAUUCCGGAGGGUCAGUAUGCCCUGGACAUGUCGGCAAUGGAGUCGGCGCAGGCGCCCACUCCGGAACCGGAGCUACAUCAGCUAAUGCACGCCAAUGCUGUGCCAGGUCCACGAAAUCUGGUCGACUAUCCGGGACUCAGCAUGUCCCUGGAUGACACUCUCACUGAUGAAGCUGCACAGCGGCUAAAUCUGUCCGCCGGCGGUAAAUUGCUGCCACCAUCCGAAGAGAGUCUCCUGCGCAAUGUCAGCGAUCUCAUGCAGCCUCCGGUGGCUGUGGCACCGCCCACAGUGGGUCACGUGGCAGGGGCAAUGUUGCCGCACUACGAUCAUGCCAGCGACAAUGCUGUCGAGGCGCUCAGUAUGAAGGAAACACCCAAUGCGGCUAUUUUGGAUCUCAAUGUUGAUUUCUUUCAGUUUAACAACAAUUAGCUAGAACAAUAACACACAAAUUUUUACUAAUUUUUUUUACAAAUUUACAAAGUAUUUUUAUAUAGAAUAUUCUCUUAUUAUUUACAAUUGCAAAAUGAAUGUACAAUUGUUUGUGAAUAUAUGAACAUGAAAUGCUUUUGCAUUGAAUUUUAUGAUUGAA